AUGCAUGUCGUAACGAGUGCGAUCAAUCGUUCCAUUGCUCUACAUCGUCGUCACCUUGUCGUUUCUACAGCCAUGAGACACUUGAGUAAGCAGUCGUCUUCUUCUUCUUCUUCUUCUUUUUACAAUGCCGAGUCAGUUGCUCGUACUCUCAAGUUACUAGAACGUCGCAAGGUUACGACACUUGACAUGGGCAUUUUCAAGCGCAAGAAAAAGCCCAUUACCAUGGUAACGGCCUAUGAUUAUCCAUCGGCCAUGCACGUGGAUUUGGCAGGUUUUGACGUUCUACUGGUUGGUGACUCGCUGGGGAUGGUGGAACUGGGAAUGGACACGACUCUUCCAGUGACGCUGCAAGAUAUGAUUCACCACACUCAAGCAGUCAAGCGUGGAGCCACCCGUCCGUUGGUGGUCACGGACAUGCCGUUCGGCACAUGUGAGGGGGCACCAUUUGACUCGCUAAAGAACGCUCAACGUCUAAUGAAGGAAGGAGGUGCUGAUUGUGUGAAGAUUGAGGGAGGCAAGGAGCGUGCUAAGACGAUCAAGACCAUUGUCGAUGGUGGCAUUGCUGUGAUGGGACACAUUGGUCUUCGUCCCCAACACAUCAGUGUUCUGGGAGGAUUCCGAGCUCAAGGUCGCACGGCUUCACAAGCACGAAUGAUUAUCGAGGACGCUUUGGCCGUGCAGAAGGCAGGUGCGUUUGCCGUUGUGAUUGAAUGUGUUCCAUCGCCCGUUGCCAAGGCAGUGACGAAGAUGCUCAAGAUCCCGACCAUCGGCAUUGGCGCUGGCCCCGAGACGGAUGGCCAGGUACUAGUUUUCCAUGAUCUGUUGGGUAUGCUCCAGCACCCGCAUCACGCGCAGUUUGUUCCCAAGUUCUGCAAGCAAUACGCUGACGUUGGUAAACAGAUCCGUAUUGGUCUUGAGAAUUACCGCGAUGACGUGGAGAACGGUCGUUUCUCGAACGAGGCAUUUUCCCCCUACAAGAUGUCGGAAGAAGAAACCCAAAAACUACACGAUAUGAUAGCCAAGGAGUACAACCAGGAAAAUAGUGACGGAAACGACGAUGUGAUGCAUUCAGAGGUCACAAAGGUCUAUUGA